GCCGAAAAAAUGUAUUGUUUGUGCUCUUUGUAUGAUGUUAUCAACCUACAAACCUAAUUUAUCAAUUAUAGGCGGACUUAAGAAAAUACCAAAGCCCACAACCUUUAUGUUGAAACAGUGGCUUCGCCCGUCCUGCUUGGCAAUGUAUAGUAGUUAGCCAUCAAGUUUAUUAUCAGCUAUACCUGUGGUUGAGGCCAAAUUAUACGUGUAUCAACGAUCAGUCUAUACACGUAUAUAUAUUAUGUAUUUAAUCGUAUUAUACAAUAAUGUAAAAACGGCCUCAAUUUGUUAUCACUUCACGACUGCAAAAAUAUAGUGACCUCAAUCUAUGAUGACGUCGCAUCCAUAGACAUAUAAUAUAAUUAAAUAUGUAAUAUAAUAUAAUAUUUAACAUAUAAUAAUAAAAUCUAUUAUAAUAUGGCUAUGGUCCCAUCCAUCUUUUUAUUAUCUAUGCAUAAUCUAUUGGCACCGGGCCGUUAUCAAAAACAUCGAAAUACUGUAUUUCAAUUUGAAUUUGCGGAUUAUCCCAUAGACCUAAAACUAACUACUAAAUACUAACUUACUAACUAACGUGUCGAAAAGAUUCUUUAUUCUUCUUUUAGUUAACAAUUAAUUUUAUUGAAAUUAAUAUCUUUUUACAUUUUUUGUAUCAGAUUGUCAUCCUUACCUUAGGGUGAACCAAAUUUAAUUGAAACCAUCUGUAAUUCGUCACUUGAAGAAUCAGUAGAUAAUUUGUAAAUUCGGUCUCAGAAAUAUUUUUUUAUUUUCAUUUUCAGAAUUAAUAUUUUAAAAUAUAAGUUAUAAAGUAUAAAAAAUUACAAAAAUUAAAAUGCAAUUAUAACUGACUAUGUGAUAAGGCAACCUGUGUUAAUGUGAUACUGAUGAGUAAAAGUAUUGCGCUGAUAAGCGUUGUCUUAAGACGCUCGUGUCCGCGUCUACAAAGCCACCGAGAUCAUAGACUCCUGUAGAACACUCAUAGUUUUAUUUUUUGUUUCAAAACUUAAAUCUUUAGUCCGCGUCUUGAAGUACCAGUUAUUUCCAUGGCCAAGUCUAGAAAUGGCCUGACUGCCGUUGGCCUGUCGGUUUUGGGAGCGUUUUUGGUCCUGUUGGCGUUUAUGACGAAGAGCUGGUUGGUUACGGAUGGGAAAUUAAAGCACCCGAAAUUCGAAAGGAUCGGUUUAUGGGUAGUAUGUUUUAAAGAAUUUGAGGACUCUCAUCAUUGGUACGACACAAAAUUCCAUAGUUGUUGGUGGGUGUUCGAAGAAGAAUAUUAUAUUAUCUACGAUGUUUUAUUCAAAGGUUUUUAUAUUGCUACUCAGUUUUGGUUUUCAACUUGUGUUCUUUUAACAGUGUUUGGUUUAUUCUACUCUAUACUUUAUAUGUAUCUAAAUAGAGCUUAUGAACGUUAUGUUAAAAUUCUAUUCACAGCUGGAAUACUUUACAUAGCUGCAGCUGUAUGCAGUACCAUUGCUCUGAUAAUAUUUGGAAUCGAUGGAGACAGUAGAGUAUGGAUGCCAGAUUGGGAACACAAUGACAUAGGAUGGAGCUAUGGAGUAGGAGUGGCAGGAACUAUUGCCCUUUACUGCAGUGGAGUAUUAUAUAUAAUAGAGGGACGGGUACAUAAAAUUAAACGUCAAAAAAAGGCUACUCAAAGAGCCAAUUACAACUGUGAUGCAGAUGACAUAAAACAAUUGUCUCACACCGACAUAUAAAUAUUCAAAUUUUUAUUCUCAAAUCUCUAUCAGCAAAUUCUUUACUUUUUCAUUAAUUUAUUCUUAAUGCAGUGGCGGUUCUUGCAUAUGGCAGGGUGGGCAGCUGUCCGUACCAAAAUUUCUGAUGCCCCUUAUUGAAAAAUGUAAUAAUGUAAUUACUGCUAAUAUUUUUAAGUACUUGUGGAGGCAAUAAACACAAAUAUUUUACUAAGAAAUUUGGUCAUUUAUGUAAUUAUUGACAUACUAAUAAAUUAAUUAUAAAUUUUUCUUUGAAUUUAAUGUGCAAUUGAUAUUGGAUAGGUAUAUACAACCUGUGAACACAAAAAUCUUAAGUAUUUAAUUUAAAAUCUAUGAAUUUCAUCAUAAUUAUUAAUUAUUAAAUGAGCAAUAAUUGAUUUUUAAUUUUUCUUAUGACUAAAAAUAAAAGGUUAUUGAGAAUUUGUGGAAAAAAAUUUGUAGGGUAAUUAAUGUAUAUUUUUUUUAUAGCUAGAAUAACAAUAAUCCGUCCAUUUAAUUCUAAGUUAUUUUAGUAGCUAUUGCUACACACUUUGCGCAAAAUAUUCAACACAACUUUUACAUUUUUGUAAUUCAUAAUAAGUCACUAUGAAUUUUUAUACUUAUCUGUUAAGUGGGUCUUAAAUUUUUGUGAACUAAAAUUGUAAUACGUUCAAAAUAAAUUCUCCCUAAUUAUUGCAUAAUUAUUGUUUGUAUAAAGGUUUAAGUUGUUCUGUUUAAAAACUCCUCACAAUUAGAUUGUAUGAUUGCUUUAAAAUUACACCAUGCCAUUUGUUUAGUACAGUAGUACAGUAGUUGAGUAAAGUAAUUCUUUGAAUUAAUAAAUAUACUCCUUUUUUUAUGAUAUAUAAUGUAGAUGUUUAAUUAAUGUUCUAAACUAGUAAAUUUGUGUUUAAAAGAAAAUAUAAAACUAGAGUUCACUUGACAUGUGAUAUUCAAUUUUCUUGCUUUAUAUAAACAAUAAUUAACAAGUUAUUUAAUUUUUUUUUGCAAAAUUGAACAAUGUAAUAUUUUUUUAAGCUUUUCUAUGUUAUUGAUUUGUUUUUUAUGUAUAAAUUCAAUAAUUAUGAAUUCAUACUUGCCAUACCAAGAGUACAUAUCAUUUACAUUAUUAUUAUUUAUACUGCUUUUUUAAAACCUUUUAAUUUGUAUUUUUA